UGCCGUUUCUUACGAAAUCAAGAAUGGAUCGAGAUAUAGAAUACCUAGAAUCUUGUUUGACGUUUAAACUAAACGAUCCUACUUUGUGUGUAUAUUCUCGUAGCAUAGCUUAUUUCAUGUUGUUUUGUAAAAAAAUGACAUUGGAAGAUUGCAUAAAUACGAUCAACGGUAUUGGCGAUGAUGGCUUUAAGAAACUAGUGAGAAAAUUGACGAACACCGAGAGCGAUAUUUUAUCCAUCGAACCGCGAGCUUUGGGCACUAAUCUGGUGUCGUCUCGCACGGCCGGCAACAUGCAAGAAUCGUUAAACGUAAAACAAUUUGCAAUUGAAAAUAAUACAGAAACCAACAAUAUCGAUGAACAUAAAUUUAAACCGAUAACACCGACUAUAAAAUCAAAUAUACUACACUCCGAUCCAGAGUACAUUUGGUUAAGAUGGUACAAUCAUCGAGACGACGACGAGGCCGUAGUGGGACUACAAGAAUCAAAUCGCGAGUCCGAUAGUGUUCGAAAUUUUUACAUUGUAGAAUAUCGUAUAUUGAACAAUAUAGUUAUAAAAUUUCCGGAAAACGCCAAAGCUUAUAAAAUUGCCAUGAUAGACAAAAAUUAUGAAAUAAAACCCGAUGAUAUGUACAAAUAUCAUGUAGGCAAUAUUCGCGAAGACGUGGUGUUUGGUGCUUUGAAUAAUUUUAACACUUACACUUACGAGCGUAAUGAAGAUGGUAAAUUUUAUAGUAUGGAAACCCUAGUCGAUCUUGAAAAUUUACAAUUCGAAAAGAACAAAGAUGUUAAGUUUUUACUAAUAGUAUACAAUCCGAUAUUUGUUUUUAAAAUAACAAAUAAUAUUUACGAAUCUUACGUGCAUAAAACGGCAGUCGGUCGUUUCAACAUGCAAAAAACAAGCACAUUUAGUGAUUAUCUGAAAACUACGGUUUUAUUGCGGUACUACGAUGCAUUCCCCGAUCAAUACAGUCUCAUUUUCUUGUCAGAAUUAAAAUAUUUCAAUUACAGCCCGUUGCUAUUCAUUUCAAAUUUUAUAAAAUUCAAAUAUUGCAAUUUUUACAAACAGUAUGCAUUCGAUCCGGAUACAUUUGAGAAACUUAGAAUUUGCUUCGAAUUGAUAGUAGAGUCUGUUUUAUUUCUCACUACCAAAAACCUAACAAACAUAUCGCCGCACGUCCAAAACCCACUUAUAGCAUUCACUGGAGAACGUCCGAAAACAUCGUUGAACAGAUUGAAAAAAGUAAAUGCCAUAUAUAAUAAUCAGGGAAUACGAUCGAGUCAAUGCGUAAAUCUACCGAUGGAUCUCGGAGCAAGAAGCACGAAUAUAGAAAUAAGCGGAUCUAUAUUGAAGACGAACAAUGAAUGUUAUCCAUUUUAUGAUAUGAAUAGUUUAAAAUAAAAUAAUAAAAAUGUUAAAAUAAAAUAGUU